AUUUGAACCGAUCAAUACAUUACCCUCUAAUUAGCAUUUGAGAUCCGCUCUAUAUAUAUGUUCAAUUAAAAUGUCUUCAAAUAUAAGAAAGAGAUCCGCUCUUUGUGUCCUUGGCAGUGUCAUGACAUUCGAGAUUAUAGCAUGUGCUACUCUUUGGGCCCUUGGACUAAAGAAGGUGAAGCAUGACGAUGAGUGGGACUCGAUUUGGGAUGUGAGUGUACUAGCAGCCAUAUGCCACGUGGUAGCCUCUGCUAUAAACAUAGGCUUUGCCGUUUGGAUAUGGUGUCGUGAGGCAUCUAAAGAAAAUGACACUGCUAAACUAUUGCUCAAGUUGUAUACACUCAUUUUUCUUGGGGUGAUAGGGAGCGUAUGUAUUGGAGGAGUGUUACUUCUCAUCAAAGUGACACAAUGGACUAACACAUCUCAAUCGGAAGGGGGGGUCUCUCAUCAGCGUAUGCGUCACAGACUAAUGUAUGCCAUGCUUUGUUGUGGUUUGCUACCGUGUUUUACCGCUACAUAUAUUUUUUUCAUUUCCGUUGUCGGUGGUCUUGUGACUGACAACGAUAUUACCGGUGACCCCUUUGGGCUUUGAAGAGUUACUUUCCAUAGUUAUACUCUGUACUAUCGUAUUUAUUUUCAAUACCAAGUACUCCCAUUUUCUGCUAUUUGUUUCCCUAUCUUUGCUACCUCUUCUAUGUAACACGGUCCAACCAAUAUUAGAAUUCCAAUGUUUUUAGUUCUUGUAAAUAUAGUACAUCUUAUUU